GCUGACCUGAGUGUCAAGAGGGUCCAAAAGCUUGCACGAGAGCGAGACCCUAUCAAGCGUGCUGACUUCAUUCGCCGCGCCGGCCGGUACUCUCCAGCGUGCUUCGUAUUCCUCGAUGAGGUAUCAAAGAACGACAGAACAUAUGCGAGGCUAUGGGGUCGAGCAGAGAGAGGGGAAAGAGUUGAGUGUUAUGAACCUUUUGUGCGUGGAGAGCGGGUGUCGAUGUUAGCGGCAAUGGCUCUGGAUGAGGGAAUCACAGCUGCGAAGGUAGUGUACGGGUCUUUCAAUGCGGCGUUGUUCAUAGACUUCCUUCGAAGAGACCUGGUACGUUUUGUCACG